AUAUUUGAACGCAGAGUCAUCAUCUACUUUAGUACCUAUAUGCACUAACUGUUUAAUCAGUCGUAGGCUUACUUUGUUAGAGAUCCAAUUCGUAAAAAAAAUCGAUUUAAAGCAAAUAUUUUGGAGAAGCAAUUAUAAAGAGUUUCUAUUGAACAAGUCUCCGAGCAUAACCAUAUACCGGCUUUACAUGUAAACAUGGCUGACAUAACGUAUUCGAGUGUGGACAACGAAGUAUCUGACAUUCUGAAUAAGUGUUUCGUUACCAGCUUUCGAAAUGGAUACAUUAAAGCUAACGAUGUCGUGCUACCCGUGUACUUCAAGAAGUUUGGACAACGUAUACAGGACAUGGACAUCAGGGACGAUGACAUUUGGGUCUGCAGCUAUCCAAAAACAGGAACCACGUGGUGUCAGGAGAUGACGUGGUGUAUUGCAAACGAUUUAGACUUCGAAGGUGCCAAACAAUUUCUGCCCGAAAGAUUUCCGUUUUUAGACCACACGCCACUAUUUGACUAUGAAAAAGUAUUGCCGGAAAAACCAGACCUCAAGCUACCGUUGUACGUGUCCGACUCGAUCGAGUUCAUAAAUGGAUUGAAAUCUCCGAGAUUUAUCAAGACUCAUUUACCUUACAAACUUCUACCAAAAAAACUUAGAGAUCAAAGUACCAAAGCAAAAAUCGUUUACGUGGCCAGAAAUCCAAAAGACACUUGCCUUUCAUAUUUUCACCAUUGUUGUUUAUUAGAGGGAUAUACAGGACAUUUUGAAGAUUUUUGUAAAUUGUUUACCUCCGAUUCCCUCUGUUUCAGCCCAUUUUUUGAUCAUAUUCUUGGCUACUGGGACCGAAGAGAUGAUUCGCAAGUACUUUUUUUGAAGUACGAAGACAUGAAACAGGACCUACGUGCGGUUAUUCGUCGAACAGCUCAGUUUUUAGGCAAAGAUUUGCUUGACGAUCAGGUGUUGGUUUUGGAAGAUCAUUUAAGUUUCGAAAGCAUGAAGAACAACAGAGCUGUCAAUUACGAGCCAGUUAUUGAGAUUAAUAAAACUCACAAUUUAAUUGACGCUGAUGGAAGUUUUAUGAGAAGUGGUACAGUGGGAGGAGGAAAACAAAAAAUGUCACCGGAGUUUGUAAAAAUUUUUGACGAAUGGGAAGAGAAAUGUCUAGGCAAAAGUGGAUUAAAGUUUUAAUGAAAUUGAUUAAGUAGUAAACUAGUGCCUAUGGUGUUAGGUUUUUAAUGCAAACGUAAUAACAAAACUAAUGAUAUUUAUUUAUUUAUUUUUAUUUUUAUUUAUUGAUUGGUCAUUCAACUUUGUAUACGUUCCGUGAAUUAUUUCAUAGGAAAAUAAUAAAAUAUACAAUGAUUUCACAUAAUGUGAUCACUAGUU